UCUGUUCUCAUCCCCCACCAUUGUCGUAAUCUUUCGAGGGGGAAGACGAGCGAAAACGCCUCAACAACUCUAUUCUAACACAUCACAUCAGCCACGACAAGCCCCCUUCUUCUUCUUCGUCGAUCCCUAACCCUCGUCGGCUCUGAGUCGUCAUGGGGGAAAGGAAGAGGCACAACGGCAGCUUCCUCUGUUUCGCUGUUGUGGUUCCUGAGGACGAGGUGGAGCCGCGCUGCGGUGAUGUUGAACCGAAUAAGGGAAGCUACCCCCGGCGGCGCUGGAGGAGUCGGAUUCUUGCCAGGAUUUUUCGGUCAUCGGCUUCGGGUGCCUCUCUGAAUCGUGGAGAGAAAGAGGAAAAGGAGCCGAAAUUGGAUUCAUCAGAUCGGAAAUUGGCGGAUGACGACGACGAGAGGGCAGCAUCGAUCUUUUCCUCUUCCUCAUAUUCCGCCUCGUCGUUGUCUUCUUCUUCUUGUUCUUCUUCUUCCUCCACUUCCUCUCGCUUGUCGCUGGCGAGCUUGGUGGCGCUCCGGGAGUCCGCGGUGCCGAGGGCACGGCAGAAGAUGACACCACCUCCCAGAAAGGCCCCGCUGGGGCCAGCGAGAAAUAGAGGUGGGGCCACGGGGAUCUUUCUGCUCGUAGCGAGCCUCUCGGUGAUGGUCUUUUGGGGCCGGCUUUGCUCGAUCAUGUGCACGUCGUCGUGGCUCUUCUUCGUCGCGUGCCAGUUCUCCAGCGGCAGACCAGCAACGACCGCAAAGGAGGUGAAGGAUUGGACGCCGUCGGCGGAGCUCCACCGGAGGAGGAUUCUGGUGGAGCAGGCGAUGGAGAAGAAGCGGGUCGUCUUGGAGGGCCUCUUGCAAAGAAACCAAAAAAUAACAAAUAAAUAUUAAAUUUAGAAAUAUUCAAACUGGUUAUUAAAGACUCACAAAAAUAGUCUUUUUUUUUUGUGUGCAAAUGCACUGAUUGCACAUCGAGACGAUGGUGUCUUUAUAUUUUCUUUUUCUUUUAUAUUUUUCAUCGUAAUAUAGUGUCAAUAUUGUAUUUUAUUGAGUAACAGCAUUACAGAGAACAC